AUGGAUGACGACUCCCACUUCAAAUCAGGAAUUCCUCAGGAUGACGAAACUAUACGAUCAAACCCUGAACCGUUAAGUUUUGGUAAUCAUUUAGGUAUUAAAUUUUUUCAACAUUCAUUUCGUGGCGCCUAUAACAAUGUUUCUACUUCUCCAUAUGAUGUACGAUUGGAUAAUCUAACACGAAAUCUUAUCAAUGGAUUCAUUGCCAUUAUCUGUGUUUUGGGCCUGAUUGGAAAUGGAAGGACAAUUUAUAUUCUGACUAAAUCCAUUAAGAGGAAUUCUUUCACCACUUUCAUCCUGAAUCUCUCCAUUGCUGAUUUUGGCGUCCUCACAUUCCUCAUUAUUGCAGCUAUAUUUGUAGUGGUGUCACUUCUUGGUCACGGAACUCACCUUGUCAAAACCAUUCAAUUCUUGGUUUUUGAGCUCUUGUUCUUCACUUAUUCUGCUAGCCAGUUUCUGCUGACGGCCAUCAGCCUGGACAGAUGUGCAGCUGCUCUCUUCCCACUAUGGCAUCGCUGCCAUCGUCCUCCAUAUUUCUCCAAACUCGUUUGCAUCAUCAUCUGGAUCCUCUCCUUCCUGCUCUCUAUGGUGCACUUCAUUCUCUACCAGAUCAGCAGCUCGCCUUUGCUUUUCCAGCUUAUUGUGAAUGGUUUACUUUGUACACCCGUUAUGAUUGUCUCUACUGUGACCCUUUUGAUUCAUAUGAGGUCUAAAUUGCAACACAAUCAAAGGAAGCUGCUCACCGCCACCUUGCUAGCUCUCCUUUGCUUCCUCCUCCUUUCUCUCCCAAUAAACGCCUUUUAUGUCGUUGAAUAUUUGGAUCCACCUCGUAACAUUCUCAUGACCAUUGGAUUCGGAUGUGCCUCUCUCAACAGCAGCAUCAACCCUCUUCUUUAUUUCUUAGUUGGGAGGAAGAAGAGGGAAAGGGAGCAGCCCAGAACCUCUUUCAAGGUUGCUCUGCAAAGAGUUUUCAAGGAUGAGCAGGACAGGGAAGUAGACCAGGAAAGUCUGAAGGAAGACAAGGUGUGA